CUCGGCACUGCGAGCGAGCAAGUUCCCGCACUGACUCAGUGCCCUAUUGACACGGGAGUGAAUAGUGUGUGCGUUAGGUGGGAGGCUGAUCAACGUUGUAUGAGAAAGAAUUCAUACCGUGAUUAACUGAAGUGUUAUUGAAAGGCUGUGCCGGAAAUGAACGGAAAUUAUUGCCCUGGAACACGUACAGCAUUAUAACAAAAGUUAGAGACAAAAAUCUUAUGAGAAUCUAGCAACACUUCUCUGGUUUCGACAUUCAGCAACUUCCAGAAGAUGCUUGGACGGUGUCGCAUGCGCAGAGGAGUGAGCCUUGAGGUCAUAGUGGAGGAGGACGAUAAUGCGGAAGUCAGCUUCGACCCCGUGCCCCUCAUCGAGGAACCCGACGACCAAUACGAGGACAGUGAAACAGGUACAGGGAGUUCUGCGAGGAGCACCCCUCGAGACCACGACGACGAUGACGACGACGACGAAGACAGAGACAGCGAAGAGAGGGAAGAGGGAAUAACUUCGGCCGAAGAGAGACGCAGAAAGAGAGACAGGAGGAGAACAGUUGGUGGCCUUUCACGCUUCCGCUCCGUCUCGUGUGAGGCGUUGACACUCCUGGAUACAAGUGACAUGGAAUCCUGUUGUUCCGAAUGGGAUGACAAUGAUGACCUGGCAACUUCCAGCAACGGCAAUUACGUGACACUGAACAAACCCAUCAGCAGGCGACGCAUUAUUCAAAACAUUCAUUCCCAGUGCGACUCUGAAGACUCCGGCUUCGAGUACCAUUCGAACGAGGACGAUCACGUGCUUGAGGAUCAUUCAAGCAACGAAGAUCAAGCCGAUGAUGAACACGACGAGGGGGAGGAGCGGGAGGAAAGUGAGGAGGCUGAGGCAAGGGCUCGACAAGAGAGAGAAGCAGUCAUGCAACUCAAGUACCACCCAGACGAUCGAGAGGACGACGAAACGACCAUUGCGACACGAUCUGAUGAUGAGGGAAGCACUCGGAUUCAGAUGAACGAGCAACAACAAACCGCUGAUAGCGACAUUCAACCAAGAUCCAACGAGGGUCUAUCUGAAGGACAAUCAUGGCAACAAAAUCCAGCCCGAAGUACCCCAGUUCCAACUUCUAAGUUCUCCUACAGUCCCAAUGAAGCUUUGGAGAACGACAAAAUUAUUAUAGUUGAAACAACCAAUUCAGUUCCUCUCAAAACACAACAGAGCACCGCGGACGCCGCCGAGGAGGAGAUGCAGCUGAAGCGAGAGGCCUACACCAUCAGGAACAAAGAGGUGCGACUCGCAGAACUGCCAAGACCCGACACCGUCAAGAGCGUCAAGCAACUCUUCGAAAACCUCAACACGCCCGUUCAGCACUUCCAUACCUGGAGGGAUUUAGGUCGCUUCAGAGAUAUCAAGUCGAAUCCUUCGAGCAAGAUUUUACGUUUUGACAGAAACGACGGCAACGAAUCCCUUGCUUCCUAUAACCAAUUUUCGUCACUGACUCUCCCACGGCUUCCUAGUCAGACUGGUUUCACGAACACACACACAACAGCCAGGACAGUGACAACUAAUGGAAUGAAAGAUACAGAAAAAAAUAAAAAUAUAACCAGAAAGACUUCCGAAAACCAUUCUAAGACUCCCAUAUCAAACAUCUUGACACAAUUCAUGGCAGCACAACACGGGACGAAAGGCGAAUGUCAGGACAAGGUCAAACAUAAGCACAACAACCCAGCUCGGUUGGUCAAGACGCAGUCGGGGGAAAAGGUCAUCCUCAGGAAGCCCAUCGUCAAGGGCUUCAACGUCAAGAGAGCACUGAUGGAAAACCCAAGGAACUUCUUGCCUUACGACCGCACCACCACCAGUCAAAAGCAACAACAGAAAUCCAACCACAACGACGCACAUAGAUUAACUCACUUUCAUAGGUCACAUCAUCACAGAGAAAUGGCCGACAAAUCGGACACAGAGUCCUUGGCAUCGGACAUAAGCGAAGACAGCGGAGUCAGCAACGACUCCCUGGCAUCGACGUCAUCGUCCACUCCUUUGUCUUAUAGGGCCUUUGAUGCCUACGCUUCGGAUCCAAGUUUUAAGUGGAUAGACCCAUCAGUAAUGGCCAAAAUCCGGGCAGUGGGGACAACGGUGAUCUUUUUCGGCCCCCGACAACGGCCGAAGCAAGAAGGAACGCUUCCAAGGGGAACAACUUCAAUAUCCAGUGGACUUCGGAUCAAUAAGUGUUCUCAAGCCAGUCAAGGUGGUCAUAACUUGUUAAGGUCAAGUCAGGCCACAAGGGCAUCGGCAAAUCGACAAGAGGAGAAGCCUAUACCAAUUCCGGCGCCAAGAAUCGUUGGAGUAGUGAGGAAGCAGUCGUCGAGUAACAACAGCCCCGACACCAGCCAAGCAUCAAUACAAGAGACAGCAGUUGUAACUCCUCCGACUACAGAAACACAUUUUGAUAGUACACCAUCUUCUCCUCCAACCGGACGUUAUGAAGCGGAGACAACGGCGGGCAAGAAAGGGAGAUGGCGUGCAGAGAGCGACACAGUGGUUUACAACUUCACAAAACCUCAGCCCCCGGCAGUUUACUUCUGAUCAUGGACACAAUAUCACCGCAACAACUGAAAGGUGACAAGCAAUAUCAUCAGUAUCCUUGUAAGAAGUUCUGCCUUGAGUUAGCAACAGGAAUCUCUUGCUAAGUUCAUGGUUUCAUUUAUGGAUGUGCAGGAGUGUAUGACUGCCGCUCUUCAAAAGCAAAAUUGUCAAGAAAAGUUCGUCAUUCGGAAUUUAAACGCUGCAACAAAGUGGCACAAAGUUCCGUUGCUGCACCACAUCAAUUAGGCUUAUCUAAAUGAAGGAUGGAAUUUUCAUUCGCUUUACAAGCGAUCUUAACGUCAUUUCCGUGUCAACAAUUUUCAUUUCACGAUUCACAAUGUCAUCCUCGCGUCCUGUUCAUGCUUUGAUUUGACCGAGGUAACUUUUCAUUCUAGGUUCGUACUUUUCUUCCGCAUUUCUGACAUAAAUAUGACUUUCGAGGAAACAAACACGUACAUACAAACCACAGGAAGGAAACAACCUCUCGUAACCUGAUUCAUCUUAUUGUAGCCACCGCCGAAAACAGCCCAAUAUCCGAGGCAAAUCCAUCGAAAUGAAGUUCAGCAAUUAAACUGAAAUACCGCAAUGACAAGUUCGUUCUCCAAAUUAAAUUCAUGCAUAUUCGAGUGGAGAGAAUCGCCUCCCUUCAAAUCUGAAUUUAUAUUUAUGCUAACGGGGUCACUUCUGAUGUGUUGAUCCCCUCAAACCUAAGAUAAUAAUGCAAAUAUAUGAAGAAUAUAUUAUGUACCCCCUACUAUGUACCGAUAUUCAACACUUGAAACAUAUCACAAGCAUCAUUUACGAAUUGGUCGGUUAGCUAGAGGACAACAAAAUCCAUGAUUGCAAGUCAAUAUUAAGGUGGAAUUCACUACAUAUUAUUUCAUAAUAAAACUUGGAAAUACUGAAUAUUUAAAGCCAAUAAAAUUUUAUUAUCAUCAUCUUGCAUCUGAAUCUAAGUCAUUACUUUUAUCUCCCAAUGACCAAAUGACAAAAAUCCAAGAACAGAAAUGAAAGAUAUUUUGCUUCAGCAAAGGAAGGGAACCCUACUGACACUGCAGCAUAAAAAGGCUCAACACUUCACUCUACGAAAUCUUUUCGGAAAAUAAUCUUUUUGACAAUGACGGCAAUUGCAAGUGACAGUGACCAUUAUAUAUUAACUGCAAAGUGGGGAGUAUUUGGUUGAUCAGCAGGAAAUACGAGACAUUUAUCCAAUAUACUUUUGUAGUACUAUUCCUUUCCCAGGAGGUCUGAUGGUACAUCAAGUAUUCUACGCAAAGUUUACCAUCUCUCUCACUGGCGUCAAGACUGAAAGAUUGAUAUACGUUUGCUCACAAUGACAUUCACUGGUUUCUUUGAUAAAAAUGUGAAUAAUAUAAGUAAUAUAUACAUAUUCAUAUAUUUUGUCCAAUAAAAGCGAAAAUCAUACUGUAUCGUUAUCA